CAAGGAAAGGGUUUAAGGGGUUUAAGACAGAAAUGUUUUAGGGUCUUCAUGCUCGCCCUGGGCAGCCGAUUUCUUCGUCCCGGUCUUCGUUUACAGUGCGGAUCUGGUCCUCAGCAUCGGCAUUGCAUUGCGACUACGGCGAGCAUGGUUUCCAAGCCAUUUGUGUGGACUCCAAAUUUUAUUCCAGUGGAACACGACGACAUUUCAGAGUUUCCAGAGACUGGAAGCUUUCGAGUGGUUUCAUACAACAUUCUUGCACAAGUCUAUGUGAAGAGUUCGCUGUUCCCUCAUUCGCCAUCCUUGUGUUUGAAGUGGAAGACGCGCUCAGAGCAAGUUCUAUCGCGUCUUUUGUCUCUGGACGCUGAUCUCCUUUGUCUCCAGGAGCUAGACGAAUUUGAGAGCUUCUACAAGCCUCUCCUUGAAAGCAAAGGCUACUCUAGCAUCUACGUACAGAGAAGUGGCAAGAAACGCGAUGGCUGCGGCAUCAUCUACAAGGCCAAAUGGUGCCAGCUGCUAAAACAACAGUUUCUCGACUAUAACGACAUCGCGCCUGAUGAAACCACAGCCGGAAGAGCGUCGGAAUCCGUCGAGGAAGAGAACAACAGAGAUGUGAGCGAUCCACGCGUGCGCUUUCGAAGGAACUGUGUUGGAAUUUUUUCGGCCUUUCGCUUCAAUCACGCGCCUAGUAACAUUGUUGUGAUUGCAAACACGCACCUAUACUGGGAUCCAGCGCUGCAAGACGUGAAACUCGCACAAGCCAAGUACCUGCUUGCAAAGCUCUUGCAGUUCGAGAAGGAGAUAUCUCAAGAAUUCAACUCCAAUCCUGUCGUUCUAGUCGCAGGGGAUUUCAACUCCACUCCGGGUGAUCGGGUGUACAACUAUAUCACCUCCGGGCGUCGCAACUCCGGCCCCGACGUCGAGCUCUCUAGUUUCAAGGUGCCCGACUUGGAGAGCUUGAAAGUCCCAGCGAUCCCACUCGACAGCCUGUACGCCGCUGCACAAGGCGAGCCAGCGUUCACGAACUGCACCCCGGAUUUCACAGGAACUCUGGACUACAUCUUCUUCAGUCCCUCGGCGUCCAUGAGACCAAAGACGAUCUUAGAGGUGCCUCGGCCGGAUGCUCCAGACGUCAAGGGAGGGCUCCCAAACCAUUUCCACCCCAGCGAUCAUCUUCCCAUAGGAGCGGACUUCAGCCUCUCGUGAAGAAGCAGCUCGUCCAGCAAACCAAAGCUUAUCUUCGCUCCUUGAAGAACGGGUGUCUUAGAGCUUCUUUCGCUGUCAGCCGAUCGGAGGCUCCAUAUCUAAGGAGACCCUCGAGCAAGUCUGUCAAGGAACUGGCAGAGUGCUCGACAUGCAGUUGUACAAGCUCCUAUUGAGGGAAAAACACAGACAUGAACGGGAAGGAGUUUUUAUUU